CAUUCUCAUCACCACAAGAACUUCCACCCCUUUUCAUCAACUCAAACGCCUCGUACCAUCGCCUCGUGCGAGCGCCCAUCUCCAUCUGUCGGUAAUCAUUUAACUCGUCCGCCCUGGAUACUUGAUUGCCACCGACGGCCUCUAGAAACGUUGGCGGAGCCGUCACCUCGCACCCCCAGAAAGAGCCUUGCCCGACACUUUCCUGCCUGUGACUCAACGUCGCCCUAUUUGCCGACACCACAGUAGAAGGUCGACUGUCGCGCUUGCGCCCGGGAUUUCGGGGGAAAUAUCAAUAGGCCGUCAUACUCGUUGAGCUUGGUCACUCUCGUACCCGCCGCCGACGCGCACACGCUUCUUCGUGAAGUCUCGCUUUGGCGAGGCCCGUAAACGCCCGUGUCCUCGGUGUCUGGCUCCUACAGACUCUCCUCGUGGGUAUCUCAAAGGGAUAGAAGGAUCGGCCUCGAGGCCUUUCAUAAGAAGACUGUUCCAAGCCGGCCGUUUGACAGCGUGCUCGGAGACCACAUAAGCGCGAGGGAUAAAGACGGCGCAACGACGCGGUCCUCGGGCUGGUGGUGCUCUCGCAAGGAAACUUGAAGCCCACAAGGAUAUAUCCUGAGCGAAUCCCACCGACACCACACGAUGGCAUCUGCAGUAGCAGAUCUGGAGGCUGGCCUCCAGGCCAUGCUCAAUCUCAAACCACCUGGAGUCUCAGGAUCCCGUAUUACCAGUUUGACGUCGCUCUGCGUCGCCAACGUCCAGUCGGAGUCGGUUCUCAUCCAGAAAAUCUACACACACUUCAAGAAGGCGCCCGGGACGCACAAGUUGGGGGUUCUCUACGUCGUAGACUCUGUAACCCGCAAGUGGCUCGAGCAAGCAAAGACCCAAGGACAACCAGUAAACAGCUCUGCGCAAGACGGCACAUACGCCGCCGGAGUUCAUCGAGUGACGGAACUCAUGCCCGUAUUGAUGAAUGACAUUGUCCAGUCCGCCCCGGACGAGCAAAAGGAAAAGAUCAAGAAGCUUCUCGACAUAUGGGAGAAGGGCCAGACUUUUCCGCAGCCCAUGCUCGAGUCCUUCAAACAGAAGCUGAGCGCUCCCCCUCCAGCCAAAGUAUCGACAACUCCCCCAGGCAGCCCGCCUACGGCCGUUGUGGCCUCGUACCAGAACCAACAGGCAAGGCCAACGCCGUCUGCGGCGCCGGCCCCUACCGGCUCUUCCAUUCUUGAGGCACUGGCCAACAUCGCGCGCCAGAACACCUCCAGCGCUGCUCCGGGCAAUUCCGCGCUUCCCGCCCCGGCGGCGUCGUACAGCUAUCCCGCCGCCGGCUUGCCUCAGUCGGUGACAAUGCCCCCUCUCAGCCAGCCACCGGUGCAAGCAGCGCCGUCGUAUGCUGCCCCUGCGCAGCCUGUGAAUGCCCCUGCGUUGCCCUUUUCCUUGCCUCAGAUGCCGGGCCAGGGUGUAGGGAUGCCGCCUGCCAACGGCGCCCCGCCGAACCCGUAUGCCGCCGCUCCUCCGUCCGCCGCUCCCCCGUCCGGCGGGCUUGACCCCACCACGCAGCAGCAGAUCAUGCUCAUCAAGGCCCUGGCCGACCAGGGCGUUCCCUUUGAUAAGAUCCCGGCCCUGAUUCAGAGCAUGACCGGCGGCAACACUGCGGCCGCUCAGCAAUCCUUCCAGCCCCCUGUCCCCGCCGCGCAGGGUUCGUAUCCUGCCGGCCAGCAGCUGUGGCCCGGCGCCGAUAGUUCUCGUGACCGUGGCUAUCAGGAUGCCAUGAGAUCCCCUAGGCAUCACGGGCGUUCGCGUUCGCGCUCUCCCGAUCGUGGUUGGGCUUCCAAGGACUCUUCCAGGGCUGGGCGUGAGAGACAUGACGACCAUGACCGCAAUGACCGACGCAACAACGACUACCGCCAGAGGAGCCCGCAGGGCCGGCGAGGCCGCACUGAGACCCCCGACUUCGAGCUGCCCAAGAUUGAGCGAUGGAUCGAGUACGAUCGCUCCCUGCCACCCAACCACAUCAGGGUCUACAGCCGGACGCUCUUUGUGGGCGGAGUGACCUGUUCCGAGGCCGAGCUUCGAAACAUCUUCACUCGGUUCGGCACCGUCCAGACAUGCAUCGUGAACAAGGAUAAGCGUCAUGCCUUUGUUAAGAUGCUUACCCGCAAGGACGCUUUGCACGCCAAGGAGAGCACCGAGGACCCCCGAAACAUUGAAAUACCUCUCAGGACACGAUGGGGAGUUGGCUUCGGCCCCAGAGACUGCAGCGAUUACUCGACGGGGAUCAGCGUCAUUCCCAUUCACAAGCUGACCGAGGCGGACCGCAAGUGGAUGUUGACUGCGCCUUACGGAGGCAGCGGUGGCAAGCCUAUCGAGAGCGGAUUAUGUGUCGAGGAACCAGAUAUCGAAAUCGGCGCCGGCGUUUCGUCCAAGGCCAUCAGCCGCCGCAUGCAGACGGACAAGGGUGGCAGCAAUGGCCCCAAGUCGACGCGGAAUCGCGAUGAGGGCGGCAGCGGCGGUCGAGGUCGUCGGAACAGAGACCGCCGCAGCGACCAAGGAGGCAACGGCUCCAGCGGCCAGCAGGCCCCGGCAUCCGGGUUCCCCUUCGGCAUGGGCAACCUCCCCAGCGGCAUGCCCAACUUUCCCGCGGGUUUCGGUAGCUAGGAUAUGGUGUUUACGAGCGGCGUUGUGGCGGUGACGAAGUGAUACCCCGGCGUGGUGCGCGGUCAACGAGCCUCGCCACGUGCGCUAUCUCAGAUUUCUACCCGUGUUGUUUUGCACCUCUCACGGCUGACGGAAAGGAAAGGGGGAUUUCAAGGUCCGGCGUUAUUGAGAAGUUGCAGAAAGACGGCCCACGUGGCCGCUAGGCGGUCUGGGAGCCGCUGGUUUCUUGCUUUCCGCGAGCUUUAGGGGUGUUCCAUCUCCGCCCUUUGGAGAGGGAAGGGUGGGAGGCGAUUUCGUCGGGCCUCGCUUGAAUCGGUGAUACCGGGACGUACGGGAUCAUGCGGCUUAUAGAACAGGGGCGGUGCCCUACGGGUGUUUUGCUGUUUUGCUCCUUCUUUUUUUUUGGUCUUGUUGCCCCUGGGUAAGGCAGGGCUGCUCAUUGCAUGGCAGACGACGCGCCUGAGCUUUCGCUUUGCUGCUGCGUGCAUACUUUAUAGUUUGUAAAUGGUUCCAAGAAACCUCGACAAGGCGC